AUGGCGUCGGGGGACCUGUUUUUCAACCAGGAGCUGGCGGCGGCGGCGGCCAUGGCGGGCGAGCCUUACGGUAGGUACUUCGCGAGCUCUGUCCAUGGUUUCCCCCACUUCCAGCACCCCGGCAGCGCUACGGCCGGAGUCCCCGACAUGGGAUUCCUCGUUUCCGGCAUCGGCAUGCCCCCUGCCGCCUUCGUCAUGCCGGAGGGGGCGCUCCAGGCCGCCGGCUACGGCGCUCCACCGGCCGUUCCCGUGGAGAUCCCGGCUGCUGGUGGGGAGCAGAUGCCUGCACUGACGCACGCCGGACCGGUCGCGCCGUGCAGAGGAGUGUGGACGGAUGAAGAGGACGAAAUUCUCAAGAAGAUGGUGGCGGAACUUGGAGACCGGAAAUGGGCGGCGAUUGCGCACCACCUCCCGGGCCGGAUCGGCAAGCAGUGCCGUGAGAGAUGGACCAAUCACCUGCGCCCCGACCUCAGGAAGGAGAACAUCUGGACCGAGGAUGAUGACAAGGUGCUGAUCGAGGCGCACAAGGUCUACGGAAACCGUUGGUCUGCGAUUGCAAGGUGCCUCCCCGGCCGAUCGGAGAACUCCGUCAAGAACCACUGGAAUGCCACAAAGCGAAGCCUCAAGUCGAAGCGCCGACUGAAGAAGAAGAAGAGUGAACAAGCCGGCCCGGGCCAGCUUACCCUCCUUGAGGAGUACAUCCGCGGCAACACUCCGGCGACCCAGCCCACGGCGCCACCGACGGUGUCCUCGCCGCCGUCCGGCAUUGGGUACGGCGAUCCAGCCGAUCCACAUUGCGCGGCACAUGGGAUGACCGGCUCCAGCCCACCCGGGAUGGGGUUGUACCUCCAACCGGCCAACGCGGCAAGAUCAUCGUCCUAUGGAGGUACGAUGAACCUGAACUCGCCUUUGCCGGACCUCAACGCCUACGGCGGGGAGAUGCAGGAGCGAUUCUACCACUCGUCGACCUUCCCGCCUUACAACAACCUGCACUAUGGACUGCAAGAGCCACUCCCAGCGCCGGCGUUUCCGCUGAUGUUCAGCCCUCAAGGGCACCUGCAGGCUGCAUGCACGAACCUCAACCUGUUCCCCAUUGCUGAUCAGAACCCGGCGAGGAACGUGGAGUUCGAGGGCCGAUCCUCCCAAAUGGCCAACUGUGUCGGCCACUACGACAGCGAGACGGGGCCGAGCAGCGCCGGUGGCAGCAGCGACCCGGACGACGACGUCGUCCAGAUGGCCUCGAGGGAGUUCCUGACGCCGUCCGAAGACGAGGUUACACUUAACCUCAAUAGGUUCGAGUGA